GAGAGAAAUUCUCCAAAGUUUGAGAGCAAUAGCCUCGAGCAACAACCUCAGGCAAUCAGAACAAUCCCCCAAACCCCACUUGCAAGGCUCUCCCUAGUAAACUUUUCUUUCACUACGCAACGACACAACGACGCAACACCACCAGAAUCCGAUAGUGUCGCCAAUCUUUACCUCCAAAGUAAACAAAUAAAACACACAAUGCGAUCCUUCACCAUUGUCAAUUCACACACGCAAAUGCAUAGCGAAAGGUAGAUUGCCAUUUCAUUCAUCCAUUUUUAUUAUCUAAUACUGCCCUGCCUCGAGAGUUAAGACUCAAUGACCAACCCCUUCCAUCCUAGAUUUCUACGUGCGCUCUUCCCGCAACAAUUCCCCGAAGGCCAAUCUUCCAAGUCCGCAUCGCAAGGCCAUCGAAAUAAACGCAUGAAGUAUAUCCACGAGCCUUCGCACGAAGAAGAAAUCAUCGACACGUAUGAUAGUAUUGAGGGGGAAGAUGCCGAGGAGAGAGAAGAGGAUGAGAAUCAGUUGCGCUUAGAACAUCGAUCGUGUGCGAAAGCGAUGAUGAGGAGGAAGAUGGCGGAACGGGUGACGAUUGAUCCGGAUGGAGAUUUGUUGUUGAUUUUGAAUGAGAGGAAGAGGGAGAAUAGUGUGAGCAAGAAGAUUGGAGGGUUGGAAAUGAUGGCGACGCCGGUGGAUGAUUCGGGUAUUGGGGAGGAGAUUGUGGGGGAUGGGGAAGUGGCCAUUUUGGAGACGGUCGAGGAAGAUGCGGAUGGGAAUGUAAAUGUGAGUGAGGUGGUGGAAAGGGAAAAGGAGAAGAAUAAACAGGAAUUGAAGGAAAUCCAUAUGUUGGUCUCGUCAAAACAUAUGGUUCUCGUUUCUCCCGUUUUCAAAGCAAUGCUUCAAUGGAGUAGUUUCAAAGAGGGAUAUUCGACGAAAGCGCAUGGGAAAGUCGAAGUUCCCCUCCCCGAUGACGAUCCAGAUGCCAUGCGUAUCUUGGUUGAUAUCGUUCAUUGUCAUCAUAAAGAUGUGCCUCGAAAAGUUAAACUUAGUUUGCUUACGCAUCUGGCGAUUUUGGUGGAUAAAUAUCGUUUACAUGAAGCGGUGCAGAUAUAUUCCGAUAUGUGGAUUUCCCAGGCGAAAAAGAAAUUUCCAUCGAGUAUGGCAGAAGAUGGCAUUGAAGUAUGUUUGCAGUGGCUUUGUAUUUCGUGGGUUUUUGAAAAGGCGAGGGAUUUUACGUCUAUGACGAGAAUUUUUCAACAGGAGAGUACGACGAGUUUGGCAGAGAUGAUUCGGGAUUCGAAUUGGGAUAUUCCUGUGCCUGGUUCUGUUAUUGAAAAUAUCGAACAAGAUCGAAUUCGAGCCCUUGAUGAAGCCAUCUCAGCACUCCGAGACACGAUCGAAAAUUAUCAAACCUCUACUCUCGUAUGUCGUGGUCGUCCUUCCCAUUUAUCCGCCGAGCAAAUUCCUCAACAUAAUAAACAAUGCGAUGCGAUGGUUUUGGGAAUGUUGAUUAAAGAAGCGAUUUAUCAUAAUCUUUAUCCAUUACCAGCAGCUCCCUAUACAGGGCAUUCUUUCAUUAGUAUUUAUGAUAGUUUUCAGAAUUUUGAAAUCACGAAUGCGUGUCAAGUGGUUAGGAUGUGUGGAGGCGGAGGCGGAGGGGGAGGAGGAAAGAAAGAGAAAGAGGAAUUGGAUAUUCAUGCCUUUGGGGAUGGAUUGAUGGAUCUAUUGGAGCCGGUGGAGGAAAGUUUGGGGGGAUUGGAUAUAGGAGGGUUUAAGGUUUCAAUGGGAUUGGUUUAGAGUUGUAUUUCGUUUUGGGGAUUUGUAUUUCGGGACCUUGCAUUUUGGGGUUAUGGAGGAAAGGAUUGGAUCGGAUUGGGUGGUGUUUUAUUGGAUAGUGAAUUGUUUGUUUAUACGGGGUUGAUGGAUGGAUGGAUGGCGUUGUGAAUAUUAGGUUUAGGUGAUAUAUAUUUGGAUUCGAAAACUUACAGACAUACAGACAUGCAGACAUGCAGACAGAAAUACAGACACAGAUAUAUAUAGUAUAGAAGAUAUUAUUAUAUAUAGAUAGAUAGGAAUCACUACCCGUGAAGUACAUUUAUAUAUAUUCUCCA